AUGGCUGGGCUAGAACCGCUACCUGCACCUCGAUUCGUCCAACCGUUAUUAUCGUCCGUGGCACGCACGCUCCUAGGAUAUGGCACGCUCAAUUUCAUCACCCGCACCCAGGAGUUCAAGCUCUUCGUGCAGCGUUACUACUGUACACUAGGGUCCGCGAGAGGCAGAGGCGAGUCCGUCCAAGACAAAUCUUCGUCAAAACAACACACUAGGACAUUCCAGCCAAUCCCCCACCCCGGGAAAGUCCUAGAAAAAGCAUGGCACGGGAAGACGGCGAGAAUCGAGAUGGAUGGAGACUCGACACGAAGAGUGCGAGGCAGGGAUCGUGGUCAAUCUCCAACCCGCCACAUCCACUAUUGUCCCCCUCGCGAACGCACGCGAUUGCCACACCCGGGAGACAGAAAAAUGGAGAUACUCCCAGCUGUCGCUGUCCAACGCCAGUGCACUGCAAACUCUCGAGACUUCAUCCCCCCCCCCCUUUUUUCCGUCUGUUCCGCUCCGCGACGGCCUCCUCACGGGCAGUGGAAGGGACAAUGCUUUGCCCUUCCGGUCUCCUGGAAGUCCAGCCCGCGUGCCGGCCAUGAAUCAGAUGGAGCAAAAAUCAUCGUCAUCCGGCAUCAUCUCGAUCCCGUUUCCCCACAAUUCCGCCGUUGUGUGUACAAAUCGUCAACAUCUGAUCCGGCUUACAAGGUGCGUAAACAUGAGGCAGGCAGCAGGAGCAGCAGGGGAAACAAGUGGAAUUAG